AGUACUUGUUCACGUUGGAAAGCGCGGGCGCGGCGGCGGGUGCGGGCCCGGAGAAGUGGCGAGUUCGUGUUCACAUUAGCCGCCAGGCGUUUGCGCGAGUGUGACGUGUUGUCAGAGAUUGUAAACAUGGACGACGAUCUUUUAUUUUUAACCGAAAAUUCAUAUCUAAAGUGGGAGAUGUUAAAAAUUAGAAUUGGUGUGCACGAAAUUAAUAAAGAAAGAGAACAGUAUGGUGAAUUUCAUACUUUAUAUAGUAAUUUGAGAGAACAUCCUUCAAGAUUUUUUGGAUAUACCAGGAUGACAGUCAACUGUUUUGAUUACAUAUUGGAUUCAAUAAGGAGUGAGAUUUCAAAAGUAGACACAAAUUUUCAUAAAAGCAUAAAACCCGAAGAAAGACUAUUUGUAACUAUAAGAUAUCUUUCCACUGGGUUGGCAUUUCGAUCUUUGGCUUAUAGCUUUCGUUUGGGUGUUAGUACAGUGUCUGAGAUUGUUUAUAGUACCUGUGAAGCUAUUUGGAAAAAAAAUUUGAAUGUCCACAUGCCACUGCCAUCUGAAGACCAGCUUAAGCAUAUUUCUUCAGAUUUUGAGAAAAUGUGGAACUUUCCUAACUGCAUUGGCAGCUUAGAUGGUAAACAUUGUAGAAUUAAACGACCUAAACGAUCAGGAUCGGCAUUUUUUAACUACAAGCAUUAUUUCUCUAUUGUUUUGCAAGCUGUGGCUGAUGCGAACAAAAGAUUUUUAACUAUUGAAGUGGGAGGUAGAGGAAAGCAAAGCGACGGCGGUACAUUCAACGCCUCGUCCCUGAACCGGUUACUCGAAAGAGGCGCAUUCAAUAUUCCAGAACCAAGAACAUUACCCAAUUCUAAUAUUACAGCUCCAUAUGUUAUAGUAGCCGAUGAAGCUUAUCCUCUUAAAGAGUAUCUUAUGCGUCCAUAUCCACAAAGAACAUUGAAUCAAGAGAGAGAACAUUUUAAUAAUAGAUUGUCAAGAGCGAGAAAAACCGUGGAGUGUGCAUUUGGAAUUUUAUGCAAUAAAUGGCGAGUUUUGUUAAAACCUAUUGAAACUGAUGUUAAACAUGCACGCCUGAUUAUCAAAACCGCUUGCUUAUUGCAUAAUAUUGUAAUUGAUAUAGAUGGUUACAAUUUCAAUGAUGAGUUAACAACUGAAACUCAGCACCAAAGGCGACAAACUGGAAGAAACAACAAUCCAUCAAAUCGAGCUAAACAAAUUCGGAGUUUAUUCACGAAAUAUUUUUGGGAGAACAAUCGUUUAAUAUAUACGUCGCCAUCUUUGUAAUAUAUUUUUGUAUCUUUUGUAGUCUGUCAUAAUAUUCCUUUAGAAAAAUAAAAAGUUAAAAAUAGGUACCCACAAUAUUUCAUUUACUCACCCUCCAUUUCAGGAAACAAUUCCGCAAUUUCCUUCCAUAGCUUAUUGAGAAUAUUUCUGUUCAUAUGAUGCCUGUGUUUGCUUUGCCAAAUCGGAGUUCUAGCCUGAACAGCACUAAUAAACUCUUCUGUAUUGAAAGACAUGAUGGAGACGUGCUACCGUUUCUAGCGACAAGUUCAUACUGGUUGAACUUACCUGACGUCGCGAGUGAAUCGCGCGCUCCGCCGCUAGUUCGACGUAAACACACACAAACAUCUCACGCGUUUGAUAUUGCCGCGAGCGGCGCGCGCGCGCCAGUCGCUAGCUUGCCCGCUACUUAGAGCUAGUUCAGACAUGGCGGAUUCCGCGCGGAUGCAAAUCGCGCGGUUCUAAACGCAAGUGUUCAGACAGGCGCGGAUGUACAUGCGGAGUGCCGUUAUUCGCAUAGGGUGACAGUCCAAUCAUGGAAGUCGAAGAAGCAAUAUGUGUGUACUUGUUGCUCCGUAAAAAAGAAAGAAAGAAGAAACGGCAGUAUUGGGUGCAUCCAAUAUUACGCGAUCGGUUUACUCAUGGUCAGUUUCAGACUUUAUAUCCAAAAUUAAGAAGUUUUGAACCAAAAUUCUUCAAUUAUUUGAGAAUGUCGAUAAAUUCAUUUGAUGAAUUAUUAGAAAUGAUGAGUAAACAAAUUGAAUCUAAUGAUACCCAUAUGAGGUCAAGCGUGUCCCCAGAAGAAAAACUCGUGAUCACAUUAAGAUAUCUGGGUACUGGUUGUUCCUUUGGAGAACUACAUUACAACUUUCGUCUUGGCAAAUCUACAAUCACAGGAAUUGUCCGUGAAGUAUGUGAAACUCUGUGGGAAAAAGUCACAAAAAACGUCAUGCCUGAACCCAGCGAAGAUAUAUGGAAGAAAAUAGCUAAAGAUUUUGAAAAAUAUGCAAAUUUUCCCAAUUGCAUAGGCGCCAUAGAUGGCAAGCAUAUAAGGAUUACAAAACCCAAAGAUUCGGGUUCUUUGUAUUAUAAUUACAAAACUUUUUUUUCCAUAGUACUGUUGGCACUUUGUGAUAGUAACUAUUGUUUUACUUUCAUAGAUAUCGGAUCUUACGGAAAAAGUAGUGAUUCUGCAAUUUUUAAAAAUUCAGCAUUUUAUAAAAGGUUAUCAAGAGCUCGACGUUUUAUUGAAUGCACUUUCGGAAUUCUGGCAAACAAGUGGCGCAUUUUUCAUAGGCCUAUAAACGUGAAUAUAGACUUUGCCGAAGACAUAAUAAAGGCCUGUUGCGUGCUACACAAUUUUGUUAGAACUAGAGAUGGUAUACAGUAUGAAGAUACUUUACAUACUGCGCCAAUGAGUAAUCUUAUUACAUUACAUGCAGGAAGGGGUACACCAUCAUCAUUAAACAUUAGAGACAAAUAUGCUAAUUACUUUGUGAAUGAGGGUCGUGUAGAAUGGCAAGACACGAAAAUAUGAAAUUAAAAUUGUUACAGUUCGCGCCAAAUAACUAAACUCAAGAUGGCGCGUCGCGUUGGUGGGUUGUACAUAUUACAGUUAAUAGCUAUACGUUACUGUGGUAACGUGAUAGUUUUCCCGCGCUCGUUACGUACCGCCAAACAACGUUAUACACAUUUCAGUUAUUUGGGGUGGACUGUCUAUUACAAAACAUGUAAACUACCCUGGUAAAAUGUAUAAUUAAAUGUCUACUGACCAAAAAGAACCUUCUUUUCCAAAGAAUCCUCAUUUUCUCCAAAAAUCUCCACCAGCUCCUGCCAAGCUCCGUUUUUAAUCGUUUUGUUAGAAUAUUCUGCACAUUGGAUGUUCCACAAAGCAGGUCUUUUUUCCACCUCAUCGAUGAAUAGCUCGGUGUCGAAGCGAUCCAUUGUCACCGUCCGAUACGCGCGGCUUCCGCGGAGCAACUGAACGCCCUCUAGGUACGUCAAGUAAAUAAAACCGAGCGGCGACCGCGCGAAUUCAUUUUCUCGGUUGAGCCGCGCGGAUUGUCAAUCCGUGCGGACAGGUAUGAACGAUUUGUAAGGCGCUAAUGUAAUUAGGAUCCGCGCGGUUCAACCGCGCGAUUUGCAUCCGCGCGGAAUCCGCCAUGUCUGAACUAGCUCUUAGAC